CGCGCGCAGAGCAUUUCGGGAAGGCGGCUUGCUUAUUUGUACAAAGGCGAAGAGAAGAAGUUGCUGCGGUGUAUGUCAUCGGUCACGCAUAGUUUGUUUGACUGUUUUAUCGGCUGGUAACCGCAUGUAGUCGCCACACGUCUUGUUCGGCACCAUGGCGAGUGUGCACGACAGUUUGUACUUCAAUCCAAUGAUGACCAACGGCGUCGUGCAUGCCAAUGUGUUUGGCAUCAAGGACUGGGUGACACCGUAUAAGAUCGCCGUGUUGGUGCUCCUUGACGAGAUGACCGUGUCCAAGUGCAUAUCGCUCCUGGAGAAAAGGCGUCUCAACAAGCUCAUCUUGCCCUUGCUGCAGGGUCCGGACAUGACACUCGUUCAGUUGCUGAAAACGGUCGAAGACUGCUGCCCUCAGCUGGCGUACGCCGUCCAUCUCCGACUGCACCUCAUGGCCGAUGGAGAGCUGAAGGACAUGGAGUCGUUUUUUGAUGUUUUGCCCAGUCCGUUUAAUGAGACAGAGUCUGAAGCGCACAAGUCUAGCGUAGUAGGCUUGUUCAUGAGGCACAUGGUGCUGGCCUACAAUAAGCUGUCCUUCAGUCAAGUCUACAAGUUGUACAAAGCGCUCCAGCAGUACUACAAGAGUUACGAAAGGAAAGCCCCUCCUGCGAGCGACGCCACGACUGAUGCAGAUAUGGAGCAGCUCGCCCCGGACAGCCUCGGGAGGAAGGUAGAAAAGCAAGAUUUGGACCCGUCGCCCAGUGAUGACGAUGUCGCCAGUACUGAGCCGCUGUCCCAGAAGCAAGCUGAGUAUUUUCUGGCCCAGCAGGCUUAUUUUUUGAAAAAUGAUGAAAACAAAGCUCUGAAACCUGCAGGUCUACAGAACGAGCUGAACAACAUGCUGAAGUUCAAUCCAGACUUUGCAGAAGCGCAUUACUUGAGCUACCUGAACAGCAUGAGAGUCCAAGAUGUCUUUGUGUCGACUCACAGUCUCCUGCACUAUUUCGACCGGCUGAUUUUGAGUGGCAGUGAUAGCAAAAGCAAUGGAGACGAAGGUUAUGGCCGGAGCUUGAGAUACGCUGCUCUGAACCUUGCUGCGCUGCAUUGCCGGUUUGGACACUACCAACAGGCGGAGCUGGCGCUGCAGGAAGCGAUUCGCAUUGCUCAGGAGUCCAGUGAUCACGUCUGCUUACAGCACUGCCUGAGUUGGCUUUACUUGUUGCAGCAGAUGAAAGGCUCAGACAGCACCGUCCUUACAGAGCACUCGGUCAAAAUGGCUGUUCACUUUUCCUUACCGUAUUUAGCAUCACUUGGAAUACAAUCGCUGGUUCAACAAAGUGCCAUAAGAGGAAAAAAUGCAAAAAAGUUAAUUAAUGCAUUGAAGGACACGGAUAUACUACACUGGAAACACAGCAUGUCGGAGCUCAUCGAUAUCAGCAUCGCCCAGAAGACUGCGAUCUGGAGAAUGUACGGCAAAAGCACAAUGGCUUUGCAACAAGCCCAAAUGCUCAUGAACAUGAACAGCCUGGAGUCUGUGAACCUGGGCGUGCAGCAGAACAACACGGAGGCCUUCACCGUUACCCUGUGCCACCUGGCAGAGCUCCACGCCGAGCAGGGACAGUUUCAAGCUGCUUCUGAAAUAUUAAAACACUUAAAAGAGAGAUUUCCUUCUAAUUCCCAGAAUGCAAAGUUAUGGAUGAUUUGUGAACAGAAGAUCCAGUUUGACAGAGCUUUAAACGAUGGGAAGUACCAUAUAGCAGAAUCGCUGGUGUCCGUGAUAUCGGCCCUCUGCAAGACAGAAGGCUUAUACAGAAAAGCACUGGUAUUAAAAGCCCAAAAUCAAACAUCUGAAGCUUAUCAGGUUCUGCAGGGACUACUGGUCUAUUGUGAAAAGACAAAGUGUACAGAAAUGACAAUUCGAGUAAUGCUGGCCAUUGCUGAGCUCUACUGGCGUUCGUCUUCUCAUGGGAUUGUCCUGCCGCUGUUACUGCAGACGUUAGCUUUGUCUCGAGAGCACCAUCUUCAGAAACUUGCUUCAGAGACGGUUUUGCACUUGGCUUUUUCACAGCUGAUGCUCGGUAUUCCUGAACAAGCUCUAAACAUUCUGCACAUGGCAAUCGAACCCAUCUUGGCACAUGGUGCUGUCAUGGAUAAAGGCCGAGCUCUGCUGCUGGUGGCCAAAUGUCAAGUUGUUACUUCAGCUUCAGUACCUGCAGACCAGAGACAUCAGGCGCUUGUGGUGGCAAUUCAAAACCUGGAAGAAGCCAGGAGUUACUUCGAUAAAGUUGACUGUCGAGAUAGAGUCCGAGACAUCUUUUACCUGCAGGCCCGCUUGUAUCACUCCCUGGGAAAAACUUUGGAGAGAAACAAGUGUGCCAUGUUGUUUCGCCAGCUGAAUGAAGAGCUGCCAUCACACGGAGUGCCACUCCUCACACGCCUAUGAUAAGUUGCAUUUGUUCAACCUGCCCUGUGAUGGACUCUUUCUAAUGCCUGGUCAGACAGUGGCCAGGGUCACUUGUGUAUUAUAAUUAAGUGUAUUGUGCACAAUAAAACAUUUUGAUACUUGAGAACUGAAUAAACAAACAUUUGUAUUGCACAAAGCUAUUUAAAAUACUUGUCUAUCUUGGUAACUGAAUAAAAAAAUGCAUUUAUUAA